AUGAUAAAUGGAAAAAAAAAUAAUAUUAUUAGUGUUUUUAAUAAAAAUAUCUUUGAAAUAAGAAUAUAUACAAUUAUUAUAGAUGAUAAUAAUGAAGAAAAAAAUAUAAAAUGUGGUGAAAAUUUAUAUAAAGGUGAAAUAGAAGAAAAAAAUAAAAUAUUUAUAAAACCUGUUAAAGUUUCUAUUAUUAAUAGUAGUAAUACAAUAUUUUCAUUAGAAGAUGAUAAUUCAGAUUUUAUGAUAAAUCCUAAAAAUGGUAUUCUUUCUAUUGAAAAUGAAGAAUUUUUAACUAUACAAAAUGUUGGAGAAAAAUUUAAUAUUUCUGUUUUUGGAAAUGAUAAAAAUGAUAAUCAAAUAACAUGUAUAGUUGAAAUAGUUGUACAUCCUGAGGGUAAAAAUAAUGUCAAUAAAAUACCAAAAUUUAAAUUAAAUGAAUACAAUUUUACAAUUUCUCCAGGAAUAAUAGAUAUUGGAAAAAUUGAAGUUAUACCAUCAAAAAAUAAAUUUAUUUAUGAAAUAAUUGAAGGGUCAAGUGAUCGUAUGAUGAUUGAUAGAGAAACAGGUAAUUUAAGUUAUAUUGGUAAACCAAUAAUUGAAAAUGAAAAGAUAAAAAUUAUGGUUAUGGCAAGAAAUGAAGAAUAUCAUGAAUAUGUUAGCUUUGUUCCUGUUAAUAUUAAUUUUCAAGGUCUUUACUCAAAAUCACCUAAAUUUAGUGAUAAUGAUAAGGUAUCUCUUAUUAUAAUUGAUCGUCAUGAAGAUAAUGUUUUAUUAAAAAAAUUUAAUGCCACUGAUGAAGAUGCUACCGAAGAAUUAAUUUAUAAUAUUGAAAGUAUAAAAAUAUUAAAUAAAUUAAGAAAUGAAGUAAUAUCUAAUAUUGAAAAAGAAAUAAAUAAAUUUAAAAUAGAAAAUAAUACUCUUUUGUUAAAUGAAAUGAUAAAAGAAGACAUUAGUAAUGUAGAAAUAAUAAUUUCAGUAAAAGAUUUAUCACAUGUUAUGGAACCAAAAGAUUAUUUAUAUAUAGUUAUAAUUUUUAAAAAUAAUAAUGAUGAAAAUAAACAUGAUUAUUUAACAUUAUUAGAACAUCCUGAUACUAUAUUUAUUGAUGAAGGAAUAAAAAAAGAUGAGUAUGUUUAUACAAUACAACCAAAACAAAUACCAAAAAGUUUAGAACAAUUGAUUGGAAAUAAUAUUUCAUCAAAUUAUGAUUUUAAAAUAAUUGAAGGAAAUGGAUAUAUUAUAAAUAAAAGUACUGGUGUAAUUAAAACUGAAAAUAUACCUACAGAAGAUACAAAUUUAUUAAUUGAAGUUGAAGAUUUAAAUACAAAUAAUUUAGUUGAAACAAGAUUAAAUGUAAAUAUUGUUAAAAAAAAGAAAAAAAAUUUAUCAAAAAGAUAUGAAUUUAUGGUACGUGAAGAUGUCAAAGAAGGUUAUAUAAUUGGAUAUCUUGAAAAUAGUAAAUAUUAUCUUAGUGGUGAUGAUUCAUCUAAAUUUAAAAUAAAUAAUAAUAAUCAAUUAAUUUUAAUAUCAUCACUUGAUUAUGAAUUACAAAAUGAUUAUUUAUUUUUUUAUGGAACAAAUGAAGUUAGAAUACAUGUUUUAGAUGUCAAUGAUAAUAUUCCAAUAACAGAUAGAUUAAAUAUCAGUAUAAUAUUAAUGGAUAACAUUCAACCAGGAACAAUUUUAGAUCGUCUUAAUAUUACAGAUCUAGAUAAAAAUGAUUUUCUUCGUUUCACAUUUAUUGGUGAUAAUAUAAUAACAAGUAAAUUAUUUAUUGAUGAUCAUUAUAAUAUUAUUACAAGAGAAUCAUUUAUUAAUAUUUCUACUGAUAAUAUAAAUUUUCAAAUUAUAUGUUCAGAUGGUUUACACAAAAUUUCAAUAUUUAUUUUACUUAAUAUUAUUAAAAGUAUCACUUGUAAUCCAAUAUUUAUUGAUAAUGACAAAAGAAUAUUUAAUGUUGAUGAAAAUAUGUUUGGUAAUUUAAUUAUUGGUUCAGUUAAAGGUGUUACUGGUAUUAAUUGUCCAAUAAAAUAUGAUAUAUUAAUUGAUGAUGAAGAAACAGAUUUACCUUUUAUGAUUGAUAAUAAUAAUGGUAGUAUAAUUUUAAAAGAUUUUCUUGAUUAUGAAAAAAAAGAUAACUAUAAAUUUAAAGUUAAAAUUAGUAGUGAGAAAAAAGAAAAUACAGCUUAUUAUCAGAUUAAGGUUGUUGAUAAAAAUGAUCAUACACCAGAAUUUAUUACACAUUCCUCUGUAUAUACAAUACCUGAAGAUUUUUAUGUUGGUGAAAUUAUUACAAAAGUAGAAGCAAUUGAUAAAGAUGUCAAUGAUCAGAUAUAUUAUCAUCUUACCUCUGGAAGUGAUAAAUUUUUUAUUAAUCAAAGUACAGGUGAAAUUUAUUUACAAAAACCAUUAGAUAAGGAACAAACUGAUAAAUAUAUUUUAAAUAUUUUUGCUACAAAUGAUGAAUUUCUAAUGUUAGAUAUAGAAAGUUCUUUUGACAAAAUGAUAAUAACAAUAAAUAUUGAAGAUAUAAAUGAUAAUGGACCAAUAUUUGAUAUAGAUAAUUAUGAAAUUGUUAUUGGAAAAGAUAUGAAUCCAGGUGAAAAAAUUUAUCAACUUCAUACUCAUGAUUUAGAUAAUGAAAGAACAAUUAAUAAUGUAAAAUUUGAAAUUAAUGAUGUACGUUUUCAUUAUAAGGGACACUCCAGAGAAGCUCCAUCAUAUAUUUUUAUAAAUAAAAAUGGUGAAAUAAUUUUAAAUAAUUAUAUUGAUGAUUUUUCCGGAGGUUUCAUAACUGCUACUGUAACAGCUAAUGAUAUAUCAACAUUAAUACCUUCACUUACAUCUAAAUGUUAUUUAAAAAUAUGGAUAUGUUCAAAGGAAUAUUUAACUAAUAUUAUAUUAUUUAAUGGACCAAUGGAAAUAAAUUUAAAAAAAAGUAUGCAAUUAAUCAAAAGACUUGGUGAUAAAGUUGAAAGUACACAUGUUCUAUUACAAAGUUAUGGAUAUUAUCAAAAUGAAGACAUAUUUUUUGAUAACAAAACUAUUGCAAAAGUAGUUUUUAUUAGAGAUGGAGAAGAAAUGUUACUUAAUGAUGAUGUAAUAAGGGAAUUAAAAAAAGAUGUCAUGAAAUUUGGAAAUGAUGAAUUUUAUGAUUUAGAAAAGAAUAAUGAUAAUUUUGAAAGAUUUGAAUUUAUAAAUAACGAAGAAGAUAUAUCAAUAUUAAAAAUUAUUAUUAUUAUAUUUUUGUUAACUCUUUUAUUGAUUAUUUCAAGUAUUAUUUAUAUAAUGCUUCGUGACAGAAAUAAUUUUUUAUUACAGAAACAAAAUUUUAUUGAUGAAGAAAUUGUUGCUAUGACAAAAGAAAAUAAUAAUAUUUUUGCUCUUUCAAAACCAAAGUAUGGUGAAAUUUAUUAUUUAGGGAGAAAAGAGAGUCUUUCAACUUUUCAUACUUCACAAUUAUAUGGAGAUGACAGUUAUUCAAUACAAACAUUAAAAAUCAAUGUUGGAAAAAGGAAUGAUGAUAUACAAAUACCAUAUAUUGAAGAAAUUGAUUAA